UACUGUUUUACACUCCUAAAACUCCUCCUUAUUGCCAUCCUUGCUCAGAUGCUCUAGUGUUCUCCCUCUCGAUCGGCUAGCUAGAUUCCUUCUCGAAGAACGUGAUCAGUACGAGCUCAACAACAUGGAUGGAGUGCUGAGGAGUGAUGUAAAGGAGAUGGAGAGUCCUACUCCAAGUAGGAGAAUAAGGAUUUAUGAUGUCUUGCUUCGUUUUUUGGGGUUGGCCUUCACUUUUGUUGCUGCAGUUCUGGUGGGUGUUACUAGGGAGACCAAGAUUGUCCCUAUCACUAUUUCACAAGGCGUACCCGUCUUGCAUAUUCCUUUCACGGCUAAGUGGCAAUACAUGUCUGCCUUUGUGUUCUUCUUGGUGACAAACUCCGUAGCAUGUGCGUAUGCAGCAGGAUCUUUGGUAUACUCUGUGGCAGCCCCAAGCUUCAAACACAAUGCAACUUUGGUACUAAGCAUCCUAGACCUGAUCAUGAUGGCUCUUCUCUAUUCCGCCAAUGGGGCAGCGGCUGCUAUUGGGCUCGUUGGCCGCGACGGAAACUCACACGUGCAAUGGAGAAAGAUCUGUGAUGUGUUUGAUGGCUAUUGCCACCAGUUGGCAGCUGCCCUAGUCCUCUCUCUUAUUGGGUCUUUUGCAUUUCUUUGGCUCGUUCUUCUUUCCAUUUUGGGCCUCCACAAGAAGUCAAAAUAAAAAUAAAGAUAUCACGCGAGGCUCUGGGAAAUUGAUUGUAUGGGAUUAGGGUUAGUGGAGGGAAACUUGUUCUCUGUUGCAGUGCUUGUAAUUAGUAGUACGUAGUAAAUGCUUGCGGUAUGGGAAGAACUAUAUAUAUAUAUAUCUAUAUAUAUAUAUAUAUAUAUAUAUAUAUAUAUAUAGAUAAGUAAGUGCUUUGAUGAUCUGUAGCAAAUUUGAUGCCGAGCGCGCAGCAGCUGGCCGUUGGUGUGGUUAUUAAUUGAUGUUGGAAUCUAUAUAUAUUAUAUGAUCGAGACAUGAGUACAAAAUAUAUGAAUUUGAUAUAGGAAAUUGCAGCUUUAAUUA